UUAUCCUCUCAAGGUUUUUCGUUUUGGUUGGAAAGAUUUUGGGGCAAAUGAGGUUUCCUCGGGAAAAUUAAUGUGUCUCCUGCCCUCAGUGUGAUAGUGUAAUGUUUAGAAAAUGCCUUAAUCUGAACCCAACGCAGAUUCCCAUCUCCGCUCGUUGUAUAUCCCUCACGUCGAGAGAUCUUCGAGCAAAUGCAAAAAAUCACUACGAUGUACUGGGGCUCACCCCCAAAGCUACUCAGAAUGAUAUCAAGGCAGCCUACUAUAAGCUUUCGAUGAUGUACCAUCCGGACAAGAAUAAGGGAAGUGAAGAGGCAGCCACGAAAUUCAGGGACAUCACUGCGGCCUACGAAGUUCUGGGAACUUUUCGGCUAAGAAAGCUCUACGAUAAAGGAAUCCUUCACACCGCCCGCGGUGCUCCUGGAGCACAGGAAGCGGAGUUCAAGAGUCCAACGGAAGUUCGUCCCGAAGACGAUGCGCAAACAAAAUUCUACAAAUCUCGCUUCAAGAAGUCCCAAGUUCCGGACAGUGGGGCCCCCAUUUAUGACUUUGACAUGUGGUCCAGGGAGCACUAUGGAGCCUCUCUGAAUCGGAACCAGAAGGCAAAGGCAAAGUAUGAGAAGAAAAUGUCAGAUUCGGGUAAAUCAAAAAGUUACAACCACAUGGAGAUUCUCCUGUUUAGUGGACUUGUUCUAGCUGUGCUCAUUAUGUAUGCUAAUUAUGAGGAGUCCAAGCAUGAUAGGGUGUCCCGGGAUAAGCCGAAAACUCCCGGGAAAAAUGAAUGAAACAAUCUAGUUAAUUGAUGUAAAUACUUCUUCAAUAGAGAUUAUUUUAGCUUA